AUGUUCCGAAACGACGCGAAGAGAUGGCUUUGGGUGAACUUUUCACCACUCGACGACAAGGGAGGCGCUGAGGCCGGCGCGGAGAGCAGCAGCAGCAGCUCCACUUCACCCGGCGGCGGCGGAGGCGUGCCGAAGGACGUGAUAGUGCAGGAACUGCUGAGUACAAAGGAAGUCAACAAGCCCGACAACGUACAAGCGUCGGUUUUUGCGAAGGCACUGAUUGGGCGGUACCUGUGCGUGCUGUUCAAGGACUCGGUCUACUGCCGCACGCGCUUCUCCGACUCGAACAACGCCUCUCUCUACACGGUGCGCCGCACGACCGAAUCCGAGCGCGAGAGUCGGCUCCAGGAGGUGCCCGUCUUCCCUCAAGACCUGCGUGUCAAGAUCCUGCAGGAGCUGAAGGAAGAACGACUAGGAAGGACUUCAGCGCGAAACCUUCUUCAGCUCAUGACGCAGCCACCUUCAUCCAAGAAGCCGCGCCUGGAGACCAGCGUUUCCACGCCGCACCUUACGACGAGUCGCGCCGACCGUCUCUCGCCUUCCCCAUCGCUUUCCCCCUCCCCGUCCUCGCCUGCCGGCGGCAGCGGAGGCGACGAUUCCCUGCGCCGGAGCCGCGAGGGAAUGGACCUCGUGGAGGCGGCGGCCGCAGCCGCAGCCGCAGAAGCUCACAACAGCAGCAGCAGCAGCCAGGGAGACCAUCAUCACACCACCAGCGUCGACCGGAAACGGAGGCGAGAAGGCGAAGAUGCGACGACGACAGCGAGCACCGAGAAGGGGAAGCACGUAUCGGACGCCGACGACGCCGACGAGGCUGAAGGAGCCGAAGCGAAGCAUGCCUCCGGAGCCAUCGCGGCGAUCUUCCCUGAAGCGAUCCUUCUCGAUGUCAAGUGCGGCGGUUGA